AUGCUCUUGAACGAUAUUUUGAGGUGGAUCCUGAAGGGUCUACCGAAUUUCCAAGAGGGUACCGAUGCAGAUCUCGAAAGGAGAAGAGAAAAUGUAACCAAGUAUACAUUAUGGUGUUUUUGCUUUACUACACUGAUUAUCUGUUUUUUGCAGCCUAGCUGGUACCUGUUUUCCAUGACGAGGAGGUAUUUUAGGAUUUCUUACAAAAUAAAGCAUCGUCUUCUGAGGCAACAUAUGUGGGUACACCGACUGAAAAUUUACCACAACAAAUCCCUGCAACAAUUCCUUAUCUGGACCAUAGUUUGUACUGUGUUCUCUGUCUACGGUGCAAGGCAGGAUCUUUUACAGAUAACGAAAAGGUUUGGAAGAGUAUCCGUGGCGCUUAUGCCACCGCUGCUAUUCCUGACGUUGAAACCUUCACCGUUGCCGCAUACUUUGUACUUGACUCUACUGCCGCUUCAUAAAUGGAUUUCCCGGAUAGUGGUACUGGCAGCUGUAGUACACACAUUACUGUACGUGUAUUACAUGCACUCAAAGGGCGUACUUUUACUUAAAAUGAAGAAGCUGGCAAAUAUCUACGGUGUGGCAGCAAUGGCAUUGUUGAUUCUAAUUGCUGUUACAUCUUUGCGGGCGGUGCGACGCAUUAAUUUUAAAUUAUUCUACAUUGUUCAUUAUCUCAGCACCUGGGCAUCCAUUUUCUGUGUCUACCUUCAUGCUAGACCUGGUGUCCCCUACUACACCGCACUGAAUUGCGUUGUGCUUGUGGGUCAGAUACUGUACCGAUUAGCACACACGAGCACUACAAUACCCAAAAUCACGCAUAUAUCACCCUCACUGACUCUGUUUGAGUUCCCACUCUCAGAUUUAGCCAAACUACCAAUUUUACCCUCGUCCCACGUUCGUAUUCAAAUAAGAAGCAAGAAUGUUUGGAAGCGCAUUUUCAAUAACACUGUGCCGCUAACGCACCCAUUCACCCUGGUCAACUUACCCACGGAAGAUCCCGUGCGGUUACUUAUUCGUACUGGGAAUUUCACACUCCUUCAGGGCGAGGAGUACGACAUUACAGGUACUUUUGAACCCGUACUGAACUUUAUAUCCAAGGAUCCAUUACCAUGGGCAAGUAUGAACCCAUACCAGAUUCGAUCCGCUCAGUUGAAAUGCUCCCCGUUACAUUACAUAAUUAAUGCUCAGACGGUACUAAUUUGUGUUGGUGGAUCAGCAAUCUCGUUUGGACUGCCAUUGCUGCGUAUUUUGAACUUCAAUGGUGUCAAAGUCAGGUUACUGUGGGUUACGAGAGACUACCGAGAUUUGAAGUUUUUAAACUAUCACAAGAACUAUCUUGAAGGACUGGAAAUUUAUAUAAGUGGGAAUAUUGAGAACGAUCAAGACUUACAGCUGGAUUAUUAUGACCAAGAUGACGAUAUCGAAAAUAUGAUGAAUGAGACUAAUUUCCUAAAUACAGGUCUGACCGAAACGAACGCAUUAGUACCAAACAAUCACAAUUCAACCACGUACGGCAGCACCAGUGACAAUGAUGAAAUAGAUUUCACCAACAGUUUUAAGAGGAAAAAAUCAAAGUCUCAACUCAAUUUGGAUAAUUUGUUCAUUGAACAAUCGACUCAUCGACUUAAAUUACAAGAUGUCUUCCGUAAAUCUGUCGAAGUAGAACCACCACUGGAAUCGCCUGAAAUCACCAAAAUCAAAAUUCCGUCGUGUGUAAAAGUCAGCUAUGGUCGGCCGAAACUAGAUAGUUCCCAUCUUCAAUGGUGCUUAGAGAAAGAAUGUGACUCUGAAGUUGAUUUAGCAGAUAACCAGUGCCCGAUUCACGAAGAGCAGGAUAUAUCUUCGGCGUUAUCUCAGGUAUGGAUUGUAGCGGCGGGACCGCAAGGUCUUGUUGAAAAUUCAAGGAGAUGGGCUACAGACUGUGGCUUGAGAUUCCAUGCAGAGUCUUUUGUGAUUUGA